AUGUGGAAGGAAAACAUCACCCAUAUCAGUGAAUUCCUCCUGGUGGGCUUCCCUGCUUCCCCUUGGCUGCAAGUUCUGCUGUUCCUCCUCUUCCUCAUCACCUACCUGUUUGUGCUGUUGGAGAAUUUAGUCAUCAUCCUCACUGUAUGGGUCACUGGGUCCUUGCACAAGCCCAUGUACUAUUUUCUGGGCACCAUGUCCUUUCUGGAGACCUCAUAUAUAUCUGUCACUGUCCCCAAGAUGCUGGCUGGAUUCUUACUUUGUUCCAAUACUAUCUCCUUCCUGGGAUGCAUGACCCAGCUCUAUUUCUUCAUGUCACUCGCUUGUACUGAGUGUGUGCUCUUGGCUGCCAUGGCCUAUGACCGUUAUGUGGCUAUAUGCUGGCCUCUUCACUAUCCAGUCAUGAUGACCACAGGAUUUUGUGUUCAGCUAACCAUCAGUUCCUGGGUGAGUGGCUUCACCGUCUCCAUGGCAAAGGUAUACUUCAUCUCCCAGGUUGCCUUCUGCGGCAGUAAUAUCUUGAACCAUUUUUUCUGUGAUGUUUCCCCCAUCCUCAAACUGGCCUGCACAGACUUUUCCAUGGCUGAGCUGGUAGACUUUGUGCUAGCCAUUGUCAUCCUUGUGUUUCCUCUCACAGCCACUGUCCUUUCCUAUGCCUUCAUUGUCUCUGCCAUCCUGCACAUUCCCUCCGCCGCUGGGCAGCAGAAGGCCUUCUCCACCUGUGCCUCUCACCUUACAGUGGUGGUCAUCUUCUACACGGCUGUGAUCUUCAUGUAUGUCCGACCUCGGGCCAUUGCUUCAUUUGAUUCUAACAAGUUGAUCUCAGCCAUCUAUGCAGUCUUUACUCCCAUGCUCAACCCCAUCAUCUACUGCCUGAGGAACAAGGAGGUCAAAGAUGCCAUCAGGAAAACCAUGGCAAGUGGCCGAGCCCUUCUCUUGAGAGAUUCUUUUUGCUGA